CAGUUAUAACCUGAUAUGGGCCGGGUAUCUCAAAAUAUUUAAGUUCAGUUUGUGUAACAAUUUGGACGCCUUUAAGCAAAAAUCAAUUUUAUUAAUUACGUUGGACUAAGCAUAUACAAAUGGAUAACAUAAAGAUAACAAGUACUUGGAUUAGUUCUAAACGUGUGUUUAUGAGGGACACGUGAUCAAAUUGGUUAAUCAAAUACCUAAUUUUGUUUUCCAUAUAUCAAGAAUUUAAAAUUUAAGUGUUUGAUCGUAUUGUGUAUAAUUUUCAGUGGUAGAUGUGGACAUGUGCAAGUAUUGGACCAAACAGACGAAUGUAUGUAUUUCAUCAAUGAUAUAUAGACGAUGGCGUGCAUUGCAUAUUAAGUGUGCAAAGAGAAAUAUCUAUCAAGAUUAACAUUGUAACUGCAUCAAAAUAAGUGUAACUUUAUAUUCUAGUUAUUAAGAGUAAGUGUCAACCUAGCAUCGAUCGCUUAUAACUUAACACAUUCACAAUUGGAAAUCAGAGAAUAUGAAAUACCAUGGAAACAGAAGCUAAUACAAGUUUGUAUAAGCAUGGAAUACAAUGAAGUGUGAUCUUUGAUUUGCAAUAUGUCUGGAAUCGUCAAUGUAUGCGAGGAAAACAGGUGGACCUAUAGGAGGUUUUGUGAGCUUUACUGUGGAAUUAACAUUUGCAGUGGAAUCAAAAGUCUGUCUAUUCAUUUCUUCGUAUUCCUGUUAAUCCAGAUUACAGGACUUGGAAUAAUUUUGAUAUAUACUCUGUAUUAUACAGAUUCCGGUGUUUUAAGUGAAAUAGCAUGGAACUGGAAUACAGUCGAAAGUAGUGCAGGGACGAAUAUAUCUGAUUCCGUUAGAUAUUCUAGUCUGCGAAUUAAUGAGUCAUUGGGGAAAUUUAAUUAUAUACCUGAACAAAGAAAAACUUUGUACUUGUGGAAAAGAGAUAGUGUGAUUCCUGUUAAACCCUCCACAUUACUGUUUUAUGGGAAAGAGAGGGCUCUCGUGAAUGAAGACAUCUGCACUAAAUUAGAGAGCAGGACAAAAUACAACAUUACUUUAACAGCAGAUCCGGAGCGCAUAGAUUGCAAGGCGAUGCGAAGAGAAAUGGACGAAAUAAAUGGGUACGUCUUCAAUGAAGAACUUGACAUGCCAGUAGCUUACAGUAUAUUAGUGUAUACAGAUUACGAAAUGAUAGAGCUCUUAUUACGUACAGUUUACAAACGUCACAACACAUACUGUAUACAUAUUGACGCCAAGUCGCCGGAACCUUUCAGAAACCGUGUGAUGAAGCUUGCAAACUGUUUCGACAACGUGAUGAUAGCCACAAAAUUAGUCAGCGUCUAUUGGGGCCAGUUUUCCAUACUUGAAGCUGAAAUGUCAUGCAUGAAAGACCUUUUCAACAAGACAAAGAGUUGGAAAUAUUUUAUUAAUUUGACUGGACAAGAAUUUCCACUAAGAACUAAUUACGAAAUUGCCAAAAUACUUGGAGCACUUCGAGGUUACAAUAACAUGAGAUGCAGUAAAAACUUUGAACAUUACCGUUUACGUAGGUCGGGUCCACCUCCGCACGGUUUAGAGGUUUACAAGAGCUCAACCCAUGUCAUUCUUACUAGGAAAUUCGUCGAAUAUUUGCUGACCGACGAGAUAGCACAUCGUGUUUUAAUGUGGUCAAAAAAAAUCCUGAUACCCGACGAGAUGGUUUUCCCAAUAUUGAACUGCAACAGAAAGCUUAAGGCGCCGGGAUCUUAUGAAGAACAUCCAAGUUUGUACGAUCAUAACAAGAGCUUUGUUUCAAGAUAUAAAAUAUGGAGAAAGGGAGACACGCAGUGCCACGGGAAAAUCGUGCGGGACAUAUGUAUAUUUGGGCCACGUGACGUUGAAAAUUUACUGACGAGACAUGAACUUUUCGCCAAUAAAUUUCACUUCAGUGAAUUUCCCGAAGUGCCAUUCUGUUUACGAAAUAUAUUAUUAAAAAGAACUAUUUUAGAAUAUAAAGGGUAUAUGGAUUUUAAUGUAUCAUUUUAUAGCAAUAUACCUUACAAAUGGUAACAUAUUAUUCAAAAUUACAAUCUGUUUUUUUGCAAUUAAAAGAACUUGUAUUCUUUUUAUUCUGUACAUGCUAUUUGUUUAAGUCGUCUUUUCAGAACUAUAUCUAUCGUUUAAACCAGUUGACCAAGCAUCAAAAGCAGCCACAAUCAAACGAGUUGAACAAUGCCUGAAAGAAAUCAUCUCAUGGAUGAAUUCAAACAUGUUAAAAUUAAAUGCAGACAAAACUGAAGUAAUUCUUUUUUCGAGUCAAAAACACUCCAAUCAUGUUGAAAAUCUAGAACUGAAAGUUGGCGAAACGAGCAUAAGACCAUCAAAAACUGUUCGAAACCUUGGUGCUACGUUUGAUUCGAACAUGCACAUGGACCAUCAUGUUAAUUCUGUGACUCGAAUAUGCUACGGCCAAAUACGACACAUUGGUCAUAUUCGACCACAUUUGACAACUGAAGCCUCCAAAACCCUUAUAACUCGCUUGUAACCUCACGAUUAGAUUACUGCAAUGCUCUUUUGUCGGCGUGCCAAAAGUAACAACGAGCAAACUGCAAAAUGUCCAAAACACAGCUGCACGUCUUAUUACGAAAACAACCCGUUUUGAACAUAUAACACCAAUCCUUAAAGAUCUUCAUUGGCUUCAAAUACAAGACAGAAUCAAAUACAAAAUUCUCAUUCAAACAUUCAAGGCCCUGCAUGGACAGUCGCCGGUGUAUAUGAGAGACUUACUAGAGGUGUACGUGCCAACUAGAAAUCUGAGGUCAGCAAGUGCAGCAACGACCCUUGUGCCACAAAAAAGUCGACUGGUUGCCUACGGGGACAGAAGUUUCAGAGUUGCCGCCGCAAAACUAUGGAACUCUCUUCCUGACAAUCUCAGAAAAGAUUCAUCACUUAAUUCAUUCAAAAGAGCUCUCAAAACACACCUUUUCAAAAUUUUCUACAACACAUAGAUACCAACUGUGACUGUUCUACCCAUAAUAAAUAUUCCAUCGUUAUUUUUGUGAUACAGAACUACGGCAAGUCAUUCGUCGAUGACUAAGAUCUCUUAACUGUACAAUUCAUCAUGCAAUUAACUAAAUCGACAAUUCAUCUUUUAUUUCAUCAUGUCACAUUUUAAGUGUUAUGACGUUCUAUGUGUGUGUUUUUUGCAAGACUUGAGUUUCACUUGAAGUGUGUGGUAUUUGUAUCUAAUACAGUAUAUGAAGGCACCAUUAACCGGGGGGUUGAACCUCUAUAUGAAGCCCGUCUGGGCGUACCAGAUGCUUAAAGCACUGGUAUUGGCAAUAGGGGUAAAUCGACCUCAAGGGGAGGGGUGCGGUCAUGGCUGUUUGUUACAUCGUUCGUUUAUGAUAUUGUUGUAAUAACUAUUAUUUUUAUUAUUAUGUACAACGCCACUGAAUAUAUCAUUCAUGAAAAAGGCGUUUAAUCAAAUUGUUCAGUUUCAGUUUUGUGAUUGCAUAUGUCAUUUUUUUGUUAUUUUCCUACAUAUCUGCGAUAUGUCACAUGUUUAAUUGUAAAGCGCCUUUGAACGUAUAUUCCAUAUGAAAAGGGCGCUCAAUAAAUCUGGUAUAAUAAUAAUAAUAAUAAUAAUAAUACUCAUCAUAAGAUAAACAAACGUGUUUGUAAACAUAGACGGUUCCAAAUUGAAGGGGAUCCAUGCUAAACCAGAAUGACAAAAUACAAGACAUUGUGGCAACGUUAAAUGUCGCAACGACGCUAAAUGUCGCAACCACCGUUAUAUGUCGCAAGGUUGACGUUAAAUGUCGCAACCACCGUUAAAUGUCGCAAAAUCGUCUGCCGCUAAAUGUCGCACCUUUAACGUUAAAUGUCACAAAAAUUUGCCCACCGUUAUAUGUCGCAACUCCAACGCUAAAUGUCGCACAGCAAAAUAAGGUAAGUUAAACAGUCUUUACAAGUUAGAGAUAAGAUUGGGUAAUGCAUGCUUGCAUGCAUCAGUAUGCAAUGUGUUGAUUUUGGAAGGGCUGAAAUGACCUUUCACUCUAAUCUGCACGUUUGCUUUUCAGUGGUCCCGCACCAUACAUACGUUAUAUCUGCUAUAUAUAAAGGUUUGAGCACUAACUUAGUACGCGACACAGUACUAAAUUUAUUUCAGGUCUGAAUAUGUAAUUCUAUGGCGUCCUGUUUAGCUCAUGAGAUAUUAAGCUCACGCUCCGUAUUGUCGCGCGUUGUAUCGCAUGUCUUGAGUCGACCUGAAUUUCGUUACACAACAGCCCGGGGGCCAGAAAUUGUUGAUGGAGGAGGGGAAGGGGGCACCAGUUAAAAACAAAAGCGUCACCGGCGACGUGCGGUAGGUACAGGGUUCCUCUAUCCGUAUUUGUGGGAAAGUUUUUUAUUUACAGGUAUGAAAUGCUGGCCUGUGGUGCUUUUUGUCUAUUUUUUGAGGUACGUACUAGAGGGGCACUCCCCUUAUUUUAGGUGGUUAGGGUCUUUUCCCCUUCACAAUACAGGUAUGGAAUACUGGACUUUUAUUGCAUUUUUUGUUCAAAAUGUCGGUGCAUGGGAGGGG